ACAAAAUAAUAGAACUAUUUAAUAUUUAAGCGUCAAACACGAUUUUUCUAAAGUAUAGUAAAUUCUCAAUAAUAUUACCUUGUUUGGCUAAUUAUAUUAUAUUUUGGGCACCAAACUGUAACAAUGUCUGACGAGGCCAAAGAAGGCGAAGAAUUCACAUUGGAAGCAGAUUCUGAGCUGCGUUUUGAAAUAGAAGACAAGGAUGCGAAAGUUCUCGUUACGCUCAUUUCUGGCUUUGCCGAAAUGUUUGGUACUGAAUUGGUUAAGAAGAAAAAAUACGAGUUUCUAACUGGCGCGAAAGUGGCAAUUUUUACCUAUCAUGGUUGCGUAUUAAAUGUAAAUGGCAAAACUGAUGUUAGUUACAUUUCAAAGGAGACUCCAAUGGUACAAUACUUAAACUGUCAUGCGGCCUUAGAACAAAUGCGUGCUAGCGCUGAAGAAAAGGAUGAACGUGGACCAAUUGCAAUGAUUGUAGGACCAUUAGACGUCGGAAAGAGCACACUGUCUCGCAUAUUUCUUAACUAUGCUGUGCGACUUGGAAGACGUCCGCUAUACGCUGAUAUUGACGUCGGACAGGGAUCUAUUUCUAUACCAGGUACUAUUGCUACAAUACUCAUUGAACGUCCUGCCAGCAUUGAAGAAGGCUUUUCUCAGACUGCACCCUUAGUGUAUCACUUCGGUCAUAAAGGCCCAGGUAGCAAUAAUGUACUAUAUAAAGCGACAGUAUCGAAAAUGGCAGAAGUAACGUUGGAAUCCAUGAAUGUCAACAAACGAACGAAACAUUCCGGCAUGAUAAUAAACACCUGUGGAUGGGUAAAGGGUGACGGCUACGCACACUUAUUGCACACAGCACAGGCUUUCGAAGUCAAUGCUAUCUUUGUAUUGGAUCAAGAGCGUUUGUAUAAUGAGCUUUUGAGGGAUAUGCCUUCGUUUGUGCGUGUCGUGUUGCUGCCAAAAAGUGGUGGUGUGGUAGAACGAAGUCGAGAUUUGCGUAGUGAACAACGCGACCUACGUAUUAAGGAAUACUUUUACGGCCAUCGAACACCCUUCUAUCCAUUCUCAUUUGAGGUGAAGUUUCAAGAUUUAAAGCUGUACAAAAUUGGCGCACCGCCGUUGCCAGAUUCCUGUAUGCCUAUUGGUAUGAAAGCGGAAGACAAUAAAACCAAGGUUGUGGCAGUAACGCCCAGCCCUUCAUUGCUACAUCAUAUAUUAGCUAUUAGUUUUGCUGAAUCGACCGAUGAGGACGUGAUUGGAACUAAUGUGGCUGGUUUUGUUUGCGUUACUGAUGUGGAUAUGGAUAGACAGACUAUAACUGUACUUUCACCGCAACCACGGCCAUUACCUAAUACCGUGAUGCUAUUAUCUGAAUUGCAAUUUAUGGACAUUGUCUGAAACCAUUAACACAAAUUUGUUGAAAA